AUGGGCAGCAGUAGCACCACUGGAAAAAUGCACAUUCCGCAAUUGCUCCUUCUGCCGCUAUUGGUGGUGGCCUUCUCUAGCUUGGACUGCCACGGUGCCCAGUCCAUCAUCACCGUCGUCGGCUCCGUCGUCUCUCAGGCCACAAAUGCUCCUUUCUCAGGCGCCCUGGUCGGCGUCCGUUGCCAAGACGGCGACGGCAGGAUCGUCUUCCUCCGGCAAGCCACCACCGACCGCUGCGGCGGGUUCCGCGUCCACCUGAAUCCUUCAGCAGCCGACACCCGGCGGCUCGCCUCGGUGAAAUCCUGCUCCGUGCAGCCUCUGCAGCGGCCCAAAUCAUCCAAUGCACCAGUAGCACCACCCUGCAGUGAGACCGCCGCUGCCACGCGAAGCGGUGACAUCGUCUCCAUCGGGGCGUUCUCCGUUCGUCCGGAGCAGAUGUCGCUGCUGCCGCCAUUGAUCCCUGGAGUGCCAUCUCCACCGUCGUCCAUUCUGCCGCCGGUGCCCCUCAUCCCGCCGAUACCCAAGAUUCCUGGCAUUCCCCAGAUCCCGCCGAUACCCAAGAUCCCUGGCGUGCCCGUUCUCCCGCCGAUACCGUUGAACCCUGGCGGACCGCCUGCGCCGCUGCUUCCACCGUCCAUUCUGCCGCCGGUACCCAAGAUCCCCGGGGUGCCCCUCCUCCCCCCGAUACCGCCAUUGAUCCCUGGCGGACCUCCAGCUGCUUAAUUCCUCUUCGAUGAACGGCCGACGACCGGAGGCGGAGGGACCUUGAGAAAGACGCUAGCUAGUGUUCUUGCACUCAGAUCUCCAUCGUCGAUCAACAUCUUGUACCAAGAAUACCAAUUCUUGUAAUCACAUUGAAAUAAAUGCAAGAUGGUGUUACUUA